AUGGCCUCUCUCCAGGGCAACUCUCAUCAGCAUCCAUUCGUCAACCACACCAGCCCUUACCAGUCUCUCUACGAGCCCGUCAUGCACGGUCUUUCGUCACUCCUUCUCCUGGGCGCUUGCGCCUACCAGACGGUCUUUGGCCGUCCGGAAGUGUCCCAACCCAGACAUCAGGGCGAGUUGUUGAAGAGGUCGGUGGACUCGUUCAUUAGUACUGAGAAGCCGUACGCCAUGCAGCAGCUUCUCUGUAAUAUUGGUCCCAGCGGCUGUCAUUCUUCCGGUGUACAGUCCGGAAUUGUCAUUGCCUCGCCCGACAAGGCCAAUCCCGACUACUUUUACACAUGGACGCGGGAUGCUGGCCUCGUUCUCAAAGCCAUUGUCGAGGCCUUUAGCGAAAAAUAUGACAGCUCUUUGCAGGCCACCAUUCAAAACUACAUUGCCUCUCAGGCACGAUUGCAAGGGGUUUCGAACCCUUCUGGUAAUCUGGGUGACGGGUCUGGUCUCGGAGAACCGAAGUUCAACGUCAACCUAAGUCCCUACAAUGGUGCAUGGGGUCGACCACAGAGGGAUGGACCACCUCUGCGUGCCAUCGCCAUGAUCGGUUACGCCAAGUGGCUGAUUGAUAACGGAUACAGCUCGACUGCAUCCACCAUCAUCUGGCCGAUUGUUCGCAACGACCUGAACUAUGUUGCACAGUACUGUGCAUCAGGAACCAGACCGGUUUCGAUUUGUGGGAGGAAGUCAGUGGCAGUUCCUUCUUCACGGUCGCGGCUCAACACAGAGGCAAGUCCCACAUUGGUUGAGGGCAGUGCUCUUGCGAAGGCGCUUGGGACCUCUUGCUCGUCUUGCGAUCAAAUUGCGCCUCAGAUCCUUUGUUUCCAGCAGAGAUUCUGGUCUCCUUCUGGGGGGUACAUGGUUGCAAAUAUCAACACCAACAACGGGCGCUCAGGCAAAGAUGCAAACACCAUUCUGGCAUCUAUCCACAACUUUGACCCCGCUGCCGGUUGCGAUGUCAACACCUUCCAGCCCUGUAGCGACAAGGCCCUGGCCAACCUGAGAGUAGUGGUUGACUCCUUUCGCAUCUAUUCGAUCAACUCAAACAUUCCCCGGGGCAGUGCUCUCUCAGUUGGCCGCUAUCCCGAGGAUAGCUACUACAACGGCAAUCCGUGGUAUCUCAACACCCUCGCCACAGCCGAGCAGCUCUACGACUCGCUGUACAUCUGGAAGAAGCAAGGUUCCAUUACCAUUACAUCAGUCUCCCUCCCGUUCUUCAAAGAUCUCGUAUCCUCUGCCACAACCGGAACAUUCGCGUCGGGCUCGUCAACGUACUCCACCAUAUACAACGCCGUCAACAGCUAUGCGGAUGGCUUCGUCAACAUUGUUGCUACACGUGCAUACCCUAAUGGCUCUCUGUCAGAGCAGUUUGACAGAAACAACGGCCAGCCACUUUCUGCCCACGACUUGACUUGGUCCUACGCAGCAUUCCUGACGGCUGUUGCACGAAGGGCGGGCUCCGUGCCCGCCUCGUGGGGCGCCACUCCCAACUCAAUCCCCUCGCAGUGUCGGGGCAACGGUAUCGGUGGCUCCUACGUGUCUGCGACGCAGACUUCGUUCCCGCCUUCUCAGACACCUCAGACCAGCCCAAAGCCAAGCACGACCACCAGCGACGGUGGCUCGACCACGACCCAGACCGGGCCGUCGACAACCACCACUGAUAGUUGCGUGCCCGCAUCGUCGGUGUCUGUCACCUUCAACGAGCGUGUGACAACAACCUGGGGCCAGACCAUCAAGAUUGUCGGGAACACAGACGCUCUGGGCAAUUGGGAUACUUCCAAGGCCGUGCCUCUCAGCGCGUCUCAGUACACGGCUAAUAACCCUCUCUGGACGGUUACGAUCAAUCUCCAGGCCGGCCAGGUGAUUCAGUACAAAUACAUCAACGUCCAGACCGAUGGGAGUGUGAGGUGGGAAGCAGACCCGAACCACACGUACACCGUGCCAGCCUCUUGCGACACUUCGGCUACAAAGUCCGAUGUCUGGCAGAGUUAG